AACGCCCUCAUUUUAUACCGCGACUUUUUACAAUAUUAUCUUUAUACAACAUGUACAAUACAGCUCAAGCGAAAGGUCCUAUUCAAACUAUGGGACAGAUGGGAACUCCAUCCAGGGAGGAGUCUGGAUUAGCAACCAACAAAGCUUUGAAUGAUGAACAAAUCUACCAGUGGAUUUCCGAACUUGUCACUGGGACGAAUAGAGAGCGGGCACUAUUAGAGUUGGGGAAAAAAAGAGAACAAUAUGACGACUUAGCACUAGUGUUGUGGAACUCAUUCGGGGUGAUGACUGUGUUGUUGGAGGAAAUUAUUUCUGUUUACCCUUAUUUGAACCCUCCCAAUUUAAGUGCAUCAGUUUCCAACCGGGUGUGUAAUGCUUUGGCUUUACUUCAAUGCGUGGCAUCCAACGUGCAAACCAGGGGAUUGUUUUUAAGUGCAAACUUGCCUCUUUACCUCUAUCCAUUCUUGUCUACCAAUGCUAGACAACGGUCAUUUGAAUAUUUGAGAUUAACUAGUUUGGGAGUCAUUGGAGCGUUGGUCAAGAACGAUACACCUGAAGUUAUAAAUUUCUUGUUAACUACGGAAAUCGUGCCAUUAUGUUUGAACAUCAUGGAAAUCUCAUCGGAAUUGUCCAAGACAGUUGCUAUUUUCAUCUUGCAAAAGAUUUUAUUGGAUGACCAAGGAUUGUCCUACGUGUGCACCACAUUUGAAAGAUUCCACACCGUUGCAUCGGUCUUGUCUAAAAUGAUUGACCAACUCAGCAUAUCUGCAAGUUCCCAGAACCCACAACAGCCAUCAAAUAGUUCCGGUAGAUUACUAAAACAUGUGGUUAGAUGCUACAUGAGAUUAUCAGACAAUUUAGAGGCGAGAAAAGCUUUGUCUAGUAUAUUACCAGAGCCUUUACGUGAUGGUACAUUCUCGUUGAUAUUACAAGAUGAUGUUGCUACCAAGAGAUGUUUGGCACAACUUUUGUCCAAUAUAAGCGAACUGCAAUAGUCAGCUUACGUGGUUACGAGAUAUGAUGAAUGAUAGAAUAGAGCGUAUGUUAAAUAUGCUGACUAAUAUAUGUAGUAGUAAUAAUAAUAAUAUGCAGAAUCAUUAAUAGAUUUCAUUCC